AUGGAAAUCAUUAUUAAGUCAUUCAAGAAAACUGGAAUAUCUAAUGCUCUGGGUGGUACAGAAGAUGAGGCAAUCUAUGAAGAUUCUGAUGAUGAAUAUUUAGUCAAUACUUUGGGAAUUCAAGAAGAAAGGGAUGAUGAAUCAGUCAUUAAUGACGUCAUAAUAACAAAAGUACAGACUUCUGGAAAGUUAAUAUUAAAAUUAAUUAAAGCAAGCAAUUUAGGAGGAAGUAAAGGUUGUAUUGAGCCAUAUUGUGUAGUUGAAAUUGAUGAUCCUGGUCAGAAGUUUGAAACAGUAGGAAUCAAAAAUACUAAUAGUCCUGUAUGGGAGCAACAAAUUAUAUUCAAUUUGAAUAACAUUUCUUCUGAAGUUUUAUUUGAAACUUAUGAUAAAGGGAAAGAAAAAGAUAAUUUUCUUGGUUUGGGCAUUGUAAGUCUUGAAGAGUUGUCAAAAAAUUCCAGUAAUAGACAUGUUAUUCCAUUGCAAUCACGUCCUUUAGAAAAAGAUGACGUUACUGGUGCACUUACAGUUGAGUUUUCAUUUCUGGAUGAAGAAGGCCAUUCUGUAUCUGGUAUUAAUAUAGGUAAAAUAGUUGAAACAAAUAGUCGUGUCACUCCUGGUGGCACUGUUAUCACAACAACAACAAUUAAACGAACAGUGGAUGGAAAAGGUAUGAUUUGAAGUUUUUUAAUAUUGUUUAUAAAUUUUAAAGAUUAAUUUACAAUUUACAUAUAUUAAUUAUUUUUAUUUGCAAUUAGAAUUGUAAAGAUUAGAUAUUCAGAAUACAA